GUCCUCUGAUAGCCUGCAUUUAUCAGUCAUCUAGCGACAUCUCAGUUCAUCUAGGAGGUCGUUUGGAGGCUUCCGGAGCUUCCAGCCUCGACGCACGUGCCAAGGUCGAUAUCGUCUGAUAUUUAGCCAUUUUGUCGCGUGAUUCGGAAUAGAGGACUCGAGACUGCGAAAAGCCUACGCUUGUAGUGCUACCACUCCGUGCUUACUUCCAGGAAAGCGCGAUAGAGUACUCUUACCGUGCACCUUAGUGGUGCUGUGACCUCGCUCGCCUUGAGUCAGACGUUUUCUUGCGAUGCCGCGUCGAUUUUCAAACACUCCUCCCGUCAACGACCCCUCCAAUCCCUCGUCUUCGCCCUCAACCCCUGGAAAGAGCGGCAUUGCAGUCAAGGCACCUUCCAAGACCAACCGCUUGACCCAGUUCUUCUCGACCUCGCCUAGAGCCAAGGCCGAGUCUCAAACUGCGCGAGUUGCUCUCCAGAACGCCAGCGGUGCCAAUCCGCCGAUCAGCUCCGCCUCACUGUCCUUACCGACUAUCUCGCUUUCGACUGCGACGGCGGACAACCAGAAUAUGAAUGAACCGCCAACCACGCUCUUUCAACCACCGUCACCGGAAGAGGCUCGUCGUCUGGCUAAGCAACAUGCCCAGUUCGGUCCGAUCGGUCAUCCGAGCCACCGGUACUCCAGCCGGCAUCCCGGUGGCCCCUUUCCGGAGCCUGUAAUGGAUGAGCCUCCUUAUUACUAUCUCAUUACCACUUAUAUCAGUUAUCUGAUUCUAAUUGCUUUCGGUCAUGUUCGUGAUUUCUUUGGUAAACGUUUUCGCGAGGAGAAUUAUCGUCACCUGAAGCCCCGGAAUGGCUAUGCGGCUCUUAACAGUGACUUUGACAACUUUUACGUUCGCCGCCUGAAGCUACGUAUCAAUGACUGUUUCGAACGGCCCGUUACUGGUGUUCCCGGAAGAUACAUCACCUUGAUUGACCGAGCGACGGAUGACCACAACAAAAACUUCUACCUUACCGGAACUACGACCGACACGCUGAAUUUGAGCUCGUACAACUAUCUUGGUUUUGCCCAGUCAGAAGGCCCUUGUGCCGAUAUCACCGAGGAAACGAUUCGCAAGUACGGCAUUACCCCUGUGAGUACUCGCGCAGAAGUCGGUACACAGGACCUGCAUGUCGAGCUCGAGGAGUUGGUCGCCAGCUUUGUUGGCAAAGAAGCGUCUAUGGUCUUCUCGAUGGGCUUCGGUACCAAUGCAAACAUCUUCCCUGCGUUGGUUGGCAAGGGUGAUUUAAUCAUUUCUGACGAACUCAACCAUGCCUCCAUCCGGUUCGGUGCGCGUCUUUCUGGAGCAUCUAUCGCCAUGUUCAAGCACAACGAUAUGCAUGACUUGGAAGCUAAACUACGAGAGGCUAUCAGCCAAGGUCAACCACGUACUCACCGACCAUGGAAGAAAAUUCUUGUUGUUGUUGAGGGUCUUUACUCCAUGGAGGGCUCGAUGUGUAACCUUCCCGGUCUUAUUGCCCUGAAGAAGCGCUACAAGUUCUAUCUCUUCGUUGAUGAAGCACACUCAGUUGGAGCCAUCGGUCCUCGUGGUCGGGGUGUCUGUGAUUAUUUCGGCAUUGAUACCAAGGAAGUGGAUAUUCUCAUGGGUACUUUGACCAAAUCGUUUGGUGCCAACGGAGGGUACAUUGCCGCCGACAAGGUGAUGAUUGACAAGCUUCGGGCAACCAACUCCGGCAUGUUCUACGGAGAGUCAACUUCUCCGGCAGUUAUCGCGCAGAUUAUCUCAGCACUACGACUUAUCAAGGGUGAACUUAUUCCUGGCCAGGGCGAGGAGCGACUACAGCGUUUGGCCUUCAAUUCCCGAUAUCUUCGUCUGGGCUUGAAGCGUCUUGGCUUUAUAGUGUACGGUCACGACGAUUCGCCGAUUAUACCUGUUCUCCUCUUCAACCCUGCCAAAAUGCCGGCUUUUUCCCAUGAGAUGCUGAAGCGCAAGAUUUCCGUGGUUAUUGUCGGUUAUCCGGCAACGCCUUUGGUUUCCUCGCGUGCUCGAUUUUGCGUUUCGGCGGCGCAUACAAAAGAAGACCUUGACCGAAUCCUGACGGCUUGCGACGAGAUUGGCAACAUCCUGCAGCUUAAAUUCUCGACCGGUGUCGCAGGCGGUGCACUCCCCAUGAAUGACGACAUGGCGCCGCCCCCAGAGAAGGAAGUCCAGUGGCAGCAGAAGCGAAACCCGCGAAUUGUCCCUCCGCGGUGGCGCAUAGAGGACGUCAUUAGGCGUGGUGUCCAAGAUGUUAAGUCACCACUAUAUUAG